CGCGAGAUUUGAUUUACACAUCCCGUGCCUAUUGGUCCAGUGUUGUAAGAUGGCGCCCAGCGAAAUAUAAACGGUUAAGAAAAAGAAAAGAAGCUGCCUUUAGCAGUCCAACGAAAACUUUAAAGAAAGCGCCCAGUCGGCAAAGAGACACAAACGUACAACUUGCGUCCGUGCUCUCGAGAAAAGAGGCGCCGCUUUGUGUGGGUAAAGAAGUGGGUGACCUGAGACUCGCCACGGUUGAGGAAGAGAGCUUCUUCUUUAUAAACAGGGAUCCUGUAGGCAGCAAUGAAUAAUUCCCUGGAUAGUGCAAACUCCUAUGAAGAGCUUGUGCGACAGAAAGCUCGGAGCAUCCCCCAGCAUCGUAUGAAGGAGUUUCUGGAGUCGUUGGCCAGUAAGGGUCCGGAUGCGCUGCAAGAGUUCAGUCAGCAAAGUACAGAUGUUACAACAACUACAGCGACCAUGGUUUAUCAGCAAGAAGCUAAUUGCAUCUAUACAGACAGCACUGAAGUGGCAGGGUCACUUCUGGAACUCGCUUGCCCUGUGCAGGUGCAAAUUCAGCCCCAACAGCAACAGAUUCAACAGUCAACAACUCAACCGCAAACUGUUCUGCAGAAUACGGAACAACAGAUUGUACAGGUGCAGAUUCAUGGACAACAGGCAGGUCAGAUGUUGGGCCAAGUCCUCCAAGUGCCCCCUGGUUCCAGUCAGCAGCUUCAAGGUGUGACGACAGCACAGCUUAUUCAACCAGGAGAUCUUACGGAGGAGCAACACCAACAGCUCCAAGCCCAGUUGGUGGCAGCUGUUGCAGGGGGACAACAGAUCCAGAUUCAAACAGUUGGGGCCCUCUCACCCGUUCAUCAACAGGACAGUGCAGAAAGGAGUGCUCUGGCAACCACUGGUGCCACAUGCCAAGGGACAGGUGUCCUUCAGCCAGCCAAGAAACGCAAGGUGGACAUGCCCAUCACUGUGUCUUAUGCCCUGCCUGGUCAGCAGGUGGCGACGGUUUUAGCAAUCCCCCAAGGACAGGGUCAACAGCAGAGUUAUGUCUCCCUGCGGCCAGACCUUUUAACAGUGGACAGCUCCCAUCUGUACAGUGCUACAGGCACUAUUACCAGUCCCACGGGGGAGACCUGGACAAUUCCUGUCUAUUCUGCUCCUUCUGGGGCUGGAGGUCGGGAACAGGUCACACACAUUGCCAUCCCCCAGGAAGCCUAUGGAACUGUGCAGCUUGCUGGGACAAAUACGACGACCAUGACCGCAAUGCCAACACAAGUCACGGUCGAAAAUGAGAAGUUGAAAAAUUCUUCCAGUCAAAGUCAGACAGCUCAGGCUGUUUCCAGCAUUACGAGCACUGGCGGAAUGGGAGGCCAAGAAGAAGUGGUGCAUACGCUGCCUACAAACACACUCUUUCCUGCCCAGCUAAUGAAUGGAAAUAUCCACAUCCCAGUUGCUGUGCAAGGCUAUUCAAACACUACACAGUCCCUCAUCUGGGACCCACAGCAGCAGGUGUUGCACACACAGGGACUAUCUGUGCAGGAUGCGACCGGACAGCAGCUCCAGACAGUAAUUGCAGAAGUAGAUGGCCAAGUUCCACAGCAAGUGCAGGUUCAGGAGCUUUUGCUUCCAGCCACUCUUAAACCAGAGGAGGGGCUGGAUGUGUGGCGUGCCUGGGCUCAGCGGAAAAAUGCUGAAUUGGACAAAUCUGAUCAACAUAAAUUGGCUCCAAUUGGUCGACGGCAGGCACUGCGCUUUCAGGAGGACUUAGUGUCGUGUGCUGUAGCUGAGCUUUGCAUGGGUCUCUCACUAAUGACCACAGAGGCCCGGGGGCUGGAAGGAGAUCCUUAUGACGCGGAUGUUCUUUACUAUGUAUUUCUGUGUAUGCAAAAAUAUUUGUUUGAUAAUAGUCGUGUGGAUGACAUCUUCUCAGACCAAUACUACACUCGUUUUGCUCAAAGUUUGCACAAGGUUCUCCAACCCUGGGGGCCAACUGUUCAUCCACUCGGUUAUAUUAUUCCCAGUCACGUGACAGAGGAGAUGUUGUGGGAAUGUAAACAACUUGGGGCGCAUUCCCCCUCAACGCUGCUCACAACUCUAAUGUUUUUCAACACAAAAUAUUUUCAUCUGAAGACAGUUAAUCAGCAUCUAAAAAUUGCUUUUUCUAAAGUGUUACGACACACGCGAAAAAGUCCCAACAAUCCCAAAGACAAGAGCACCAGUAUCAGAUAUCUAAAGGCAACAGAACGCUUCAUUGGACAGAAAGUUACAGAUGAUAUGUACUCUGAGCAGCUAGAGGACCCGGAAAAUCCUCUGCGAUGUCCCAUCAAGCUGUAUGAUUUCUACCUCUUCAAAUGUCCGCAGAGCGCCAAGGGACGCAAUGACACCUUCUACCUGACUCCGGAGCCCGUAGUGGCUCCAAACAGCCCCAUCUGGUACUCCACUCAGCCAAUCUCUAAAGAGCAGUUGGAGCAGAUGCUGGCCCGAAUUCUUGUUGUCCGUGAAAUCCACGAAGCCAUUCAAAUAUCAGAGAGUGUGCAAUAAUUGGACUGAAGGAGAAAGUCACUUGAACUAUACUUCUCCUUUCUCUUUGUUCAAUCUUUUGAUUGAUAAAUCACCAGUAGUUUUAUAUUCCCUCUCACCCUUCUAUGUGCCUCAAAGGUUGCAUGUAUAAGUUUAUAUUCAUCAUGACUCUAUGUACACUAUCUUGUACAUAACCACAAUCAAUACAGGUCAUUAUGCCUCAUCCACAGAAAUUCCUCACCUUUUUUUUUUCCAAAAUUUUAUUUUUCUUAUUUCUGAUUAGCCAAAUGAUACUUGUACUCUGCCUGUUAUAUUUCAAAUACUUUUAAUAUUGGCUCUUUUUACCAUUACUCUGGAUCAUUUGUUAAUAUGCUUUCUGAAAACAUAAUGUAUAAUAUAUUUCAUAUAUUUCUUUUCCUGCCUUUAUCAUUUGUCUUUGUAACCACGGUCACAACUGAUAUCGCUGUGGUAUUAUGGCUGCGCUAAGUAGUCCCAUAUUUUAUUUUCACUUAUGUCUGGAGCCAAGUUAAUAGAAGUACCGUACGUGAACGUUGUGUGAGGCUGCUUGUGGUACAGCAGUAAAUCACACUAACUGGAGACUUUCUUUGGAAUAUUUGUGUCUCUGCCCCUCUCCUGGCCUCCUGAAUGCUCCCUUCAUCUCUCAAAUCACCAAGCUUGAAAUAAUUCUAAGAUUUGAUAUAUUUGUCUUUAUUAGAUGACAUCAGUGAAAUGACUGAUUGAGGCGAUGAGGCCAUACUGUUCUAUAAUGUAAAAUACUUAGUUCUGUCCUAUAGUAUUAAUCACUGUCAUCUGAGGAUACUGGCAGUGCCUGUGGGUUUUUUGAAACCCUUUCUUUGUACAGCUGCAAUACCAUGUGUUUGCCUUUCUUGUACGUCCAGUAUGAAUUGUCCUCGUGCAUCCAUAAGUACUGGUAGCCUACAUUGUGUGAGAAUAAAUCCAUACACAGUGAUAUAUUUUUUUUUAACAAAUCUUAAUAAAGGUCAAAGUAUAAAACGGGCUACAAAAAUAA